UGGUAUAUUGUUUGUAUAAAAUAAAAAAACUUAAAAAUAGAUAAAUACAACUAAAAAAUUGGCGCUUCUUUACAAACGUAACAUCCGCUUUCGUCAUCACCUCGCGACGUACUACCCGAUCGCAAGUGAAGCCAUUUCUCGCCGUUGCAAUGGCACCAUCACCAACAAAGCGAAAGGAGGAUGAAAAGAAAGACAAGGGCAAAGAGAAAACAAAGGAAGGAGACAAGGAACGGGCUCGAGAUAAAUCAAGAAAAGGCCGCAGUGCUUCAUCAGGCAGCUCCAGCAGCAGAUCGAGCUCAUCCUCCAGCAGCAGCUCUGGUUCUAGCUCUGGUUCUUCAAGUGGUUCCAGCUCCUCUUCCAGUCGCUCUGGAUCCUCCAGCUCUCGGUCCUCCUCCUCCUCCAGCUCCUCUGCCUCUCCAAGUCCUAGCCGCAGGCGCCACGACAACCGGCGCCGUUCUCGCUCUCCGGGUUCUAAAACACAGAAGAGAGGAGAAGAAAGAGAACGAAGAAAAAGAAGCCCCACCCCUAAACCAACUAAGAUUCACCUGAGAAGACUGACGAGGAAUGUAACUAAGGAACACAUCCAGGAAAUUUUCUCCACAUAUGGAAAAAUUAAAACGAUUGACCUGCCGGUGGAAAGGCUCCUUCCACAUCUGACCAAAGGCAUUGCUUACGUGGAGUUUGAGACCCCCGAGGAGGCCCAGAAAGCCCUUAAAUACAUGGAUGGAGGUCAGAUCGACGGGCAGGAAAUCACUGCAGCUGCUGUGCUGACUCAGAUGAUCCGUGGUCCAGCACGCAGAAUGUCUCCUCCUCGACGAAUGCCGCCACCUCCACCGAUGUGGCGCCGCAGCCCGCCGCGCAUGAGACGAAGAUCUCGCUCCCCGAGAAGGCGGUCGCCACCACGCCGCCGUUCUCGUUCCCGAUCCCCCGGCCGCCGGCGCCAUCGCUCCCGCUCAAGCUCAAAUUCCUCCAGAUAGAAAGUUGUCUUGACUUGGAAAAACUCGCCGCAGAUCAGCUGCAAUUUUCACCUUCCCUGGCUCCAAAGGAUUGAAAUAAAUUGCAUUAAAUCUAGCUGAGUUGUAGUGACAAGGAGAUGACAAAAAUUCUUUUUUGUGCUUUUUUUUUCCCUUUUUUAAUUUUGUGCAGAAAAUUGAGCGUAGUUUUUAGGUUAUCCUCUCAUCUAAAAAGAUUUUGAGUCUUCUUGAUUUUUUUUUUUUAAACAUUUUUAAGAAUAAAAACAUUGAAACAUCUUGA